GGCAACGUCUCACCAAACGCACCCACAGCCACCCAGAACAUCACUGACGCUUGUGCGAAUUAAGAAUGAAGUAAUCCAAGUGCGUGAUUGCUACGUUAAAUUGAGUGUAUCCAUGAAGCAGCAAUCAAAACUGAGUCAAACCCACCGCAGUGCCUUUCCCAACAGUAAUGUGUUCACUCCCAAAGCAUCCAAAUCAGUGUAAAAUGGUUAAAUGAAAGUAAUGUCAGUAUCAAAAGCAUAACAUAUAUAUUUAUAAAAAAGACAUUAAAAUGAUUUUACAACUUAAUCCCAUACACAUCCAGUGGGAGAUAUUUGCCGUUCCAAAUCCCUUGGAAAAAUUAAUUUAAAGCUGCAAAGAGACACAUUUAGGUCAUUGGCAGAAAAGGUAAAAGAAAAAGAAAAAAUCCCUUUGAUACAUAGCAUGUCAUUAAUAAGCCCAAUCUUAAGGAAUAGCUAAUGUGGCCUUGAUUUGAGUUUGUGAACAUCAAGCCAGGGAAUAUCAUCGUGAAAAUAAGGAUGAAGCAUGCUAGGGGGAUUCACAUCGGGGCGCGGUAUAUUUAUCUCAAGUCCCCUAACAUGGGUGGUUUGUGAGAAAUCAGGGGGAAUCAUUAUUGGUCAUUAAAAGCUAAUCAGUUUUACAUGACGGCAAGAUGAAUCAGACAUAAAAUUCAGUUUUCAUAGCUUAAAUAAUACAGGUAAUGUUUCUAAGUUGUUGUAUAUGUAUGUAAUUAUAAACAUUUAAUACGUUCACUGAAUGUCCAAAAUGAUAGGGAACGUCACCGCUCUGAAGAUGCACUCAGAUGAGGUGAAUUCACAUGAGGGCCAUUGUCAUUCAUUUACUUUAUUUAUUAAAUCAUCACCAAUCACAAAGAAAGGAGAUAUGGAAGACAUAGAAACGUAAAGACUCUGCGAAGUUUGAGAUGUGAAAUGUGCCUAAAGAGGUGCAACUCAGCUCAACUGAAAUAGGAUGUGCAAGAGUUUCCUAAGAAGAACUUGCCAUCAGACAGUUUCAACACUCCUGGAGAUAAAGAGUCCAGGAAGAGGAUCCGAGCUCAGAGAGAUCAGUGCAUCACUACACCACAUAGGUCACACACCUGCACACACACACACACACACACACACGCGCUUACUCACAAAGGCUCUCUGUUUGACUUUACAACUGUUGAGCUCAGAGCUCAGAAAUCAGUUCUGCGAAGUGCUGCGAUGGCAACAAUCAACACGUGUUAAAUCGAGUUAGGGAGCUUUUGCAGAGCCAUGUUUUAUACGACUGUGUACAUCUCAUCUCAGUGGAAUGAUGGACGUUUAGUACAAUCUGUGGGGAAAAAAGGGAAAUAGUCGGAAAGCAGCUGAUCUAAAUGUCUGACUUUCAUCGUAUAAGAGUUGCGAGGGCACAGCUGGCUGUGGCGUGUACGUCUUUAUGUACUACAAUGUGAGUUUCUGUUCAUUCCCUAUAAGAGUGCGAUCACUUCGCGCUUGUCUGUGUACGUGCGUCUAUAUAGGGGCAGAGAGAAAGAAGGGAAGUGCAAGUAUCUGGUACAUCUAUGCAUGGCUGCCUCUGUGAUAAAAGGCAGAAUGAGUUAUAAUUAUCACCCAGGAUCAUGUGCUGCUCAGUUCUCUGUCGUGAAAAAAGGCAAAAAGCAGGGGGACUAUAUCUGGGACACGGACCUCAAAGUAUCGAAAGCUCAAAACCUCAAAACCCAGGUUGUUUCCUGUUGCAAAUAAGUCUUCACCGCCUGGGAUCGUCACUGCGUAUUCACAACGCUGCAAGGUUGUUGUGGCCCAUAUCAGUGUGUUUAGUAAAUUGUCACAAAAAUGCAAACUAAAUUCAUUUAAUUGUCUUGUGUUGCUUCAUAUACAAAUUUGAAUGGAAGCAUAUUUGGUUAAAGUCACAAGGCGGUACGAUGGCCUUCUCGACAUCCCAGUGAAAUGAUUUUUCUUUCACUUUCGGUGAUUCAGAUAGUAGCCUUUGCUAUUUCAGAGACAUGAGACUAAGAGGGAGACUGAGCCGUCUAGUUCCCGAAAACGUGGAGGAGAGUUUCUGAAAGAAAAAAAAGUGUGAGGGGAAAAGCAGGCUGUUUUUGGCGUCGAGAGUGUUACUGGCGUGGUUUAACACAUGUGGUCCCACUGUUUUGCACAUGGGGUUAUUUUCAGGCAGUGAGAGCAGCACAAGUCAGUAACAGGAACCUCCAGCAGGCUCCCUGUGUUUCCACGCUGCAGAACUAACACACUUGCUAAAUGGCUUCCGAUCUUCCAAUUAUUUCUUAUUUUUGUACAAAAAUACGUCUUUUACACAAGUAAAAUAGCUUUGUUUUAGAUAUAUAUUAGUAAGUCACUUCUCUCAGUAUUUGUCAUUGUUUCAUUCUACCCCUUCAUCUGCAUCCUGAGGAUUAGAUCCACAUCAGUUUAUAAUCAUUUUAUUGCGACCUUUUUUGUUUGUCUGAACCUUGCUUCCCAAAACGAGCAAAUCAGGAUGUGUGACCGUGACAAACAAGAUAAAAAUUAAAAAGCCUUCUUCCUAUUCCCAAUUCAGUCACAACUUCCCCAUAUCCAUGAGAAGUAGGGGGGGGGGGGGGGCAGCCCAGCCCAGCCCAGCCCAGCCCAGCGUUCAUGGUUCCCUUCUGGCUGCUUUAGCCGGCUGAAAACCUGACAACCACAGAUAAACAUAAAGGUUUUUUAAAGUUAAUUGUUCAAAGAACUCUGAAAUAAAUGUGAAGAAACACAAUUUCUUAUGUAGCCUACAGUAUAUACCUUUUAAUAUUUUUAUUUAGUUUUUUAUUAUUUUUAUAUUGAAGGUAUUCCUGUAACCGUAGCUACAUUUCCAUGUGCAGAGAAAAUUCUCUCCUGCCAAUACUGAGCAAUAGUUCCAUUCAGCCUUUUUAUUGGUACAUUAUUUUACAACUCCCUGUUGACAUUAGCAAAAUACUUCAGUUACCCAGAAAGCUGUGGCAACCACAGGUUAUGUGGCUAAAACCAUAAAUUUAAUUAAGAGUGUUGGGGUUAGGGUUAGGGUUAGGUAAGUGGUGUAGCCACUUGCAGAGUUUUGCUUUCAAGCUCUGUGAUAUGCAAAUAGAACAAACCUGAUCACUUGCCCUAAAAAAAAAAUCCCUCCUUACGUGAAGUGCUUAUGCCUGACUGAAACCCGGUAGUGGUUCAAGUGAGAAAUUCAUACCCAUUAUUUGUAACGUGUGCAAAGUCAAGUCUCCGAAAGAGAUGGCUCCGGCUGCUUAGUACAGGUUGUAAUUCUCUUGUGAGUAGGACUCAUGCUCAACCUGACACAAAAUGUCAUAGAAGGUGCAAACGUGUCUUUAGCGAGUGUUUCCCAACCAGGUGUGUUUCUGGGGAAGAUUGUAGUUAAUGUAACAAAAAAAUGAAAAUAAAACAUUCUCAUAAUGAGUCAGGGGAACACCACUCGUUGAGAGUGUGUGUAAUGUAGUAGUAGCGUAGAAAAGGAGAAACAGUUGGCUGUAAUGAAUAAACAAUAGAAAUAGUUAAUGUUAGCCAAAAGUAAUAAAGAAACAGUUGAAAUAGUUAACGUUACCGAAUAGUAAUGGAUAAACAGUUUAAAUAGUUAACGUUAGCUAACAGUAAUAGAUAAACAGUUUAACACAUUGAUAAAAUAGUUAUGAUAUAGAUAAAAGGUUAAAUAGUUGAAAGUAAUGGAUAAAUAGAGAAAUUAUGUUCGCUAAAAAGCAUAAAAGGUUAAAAUAGUCCACGUUAGCUUAGAGUAAUGGAUAGUACACAUUUAAAAUAGUUAGCUAACAGUAAUGAAUACAUGGGUAAAAUAGUUAAAGUUAGAAGAGCUCAAAAUAGUUAAUGUUGUAGAUAAAAGGUUAUAUAGUUGAAAGUAAUGGAUAAAUAGAGAAAAGUAAUGGAUAAAUGCUUGCUAUAUUUAAAAAAAGAAAGAUGUAAUGAAUACUAGCGAAACUCAUCAUCAGCUUUUCCACUUUAAUGGAACAUAAGCACCAUUUUGUUUUUACAAACAGCGAAGCCUUUCCUUCCCUAUGCGUGCACGGCUGGUGUCUCUCUUAUCUCAUCUGAUCAGCAACAAGACCCGAGAGUUUGUCCACAGAAUUUUAACAGAUGAGCAGAUUGUUGUUGAAAGAAAUGCGUGGAGAUGGACGAUGGGAUUAUGCUACUUUGAUUCGGAAAAAGCGAUCAUAAACAUCUCAUGAUCUGUUAGUGUGCUCCAUCUCCUCCUGUCUAACACUCUGUACAUUAGGGGAUUUAUGGGCUGUCGUUGAAAACAAAACUCCUACAAAAGAAAAAAAACAACAACAACCAGGUUUCAGUUACAGGCUGUUUUACAAUUCCCUUCCCAUGCUUCCCUUUCUGUCACUUCUCCAUAAUUCUUGGUAUUUCAGUUAGACAGGCCCUCUUUCUGAAGCUUCCCCUUUUCCAUGGAUUCCUAUAUUUCAUGAUUUCCACUUCUUCCUCUUCAGUUGUACAAACAGAGGUAGAGGCAUGGGGAAACCAGGCUGCAACCGUGACAUGCAAACCACAAGCUGGUGUAGCUGUGGGACUUGCAAGAUCUGUCGGUUCUCUUAACUGCUCUGUGGUGGGAAAAGAAGGAGCAGGUAGUUUGUCGCAGACGACACUUCUCUUUUGUGAUCACUUUGGGAACACCACACAUUUAAUGGAGAUUAUAUUUUUGGUAUAAAUUACAGUUGCCAGUCAUCAAUCAUGCAACAUUUAGUUUCUGUACUCAGAAAGGCUUGCAUUAGGAGGAUUAAAAAGCCCUCUACAUAGUGAAAUGGCCGAAUGUGAGUUUGUCUUAUGUGUGCCUGCGUGUGUACAUCGCACUCUCUUGCUCUGAUAGACACCGCCGUCGUCCCUAGUUUCACACUGCUUCCUGUGUCUCUGUUUCCUGUUUAUCUUGCUGUCAUUUGUUUUACCAAAGUGUGAUGGUGCUAGAUGAGCUGUGUGUUUCUUCAUCGCUGACAUCCUCAAACACCUGUAACAUUAAAGUUGAGGCUCGCAGUGAUGAGGAGAAUGGGCUGGCCUGUGACAUGAAUGGCGUGGAGGAGGAAGAGUGCGCGGAAGACUUGCGCGUGAACGAUGCCUCGGGGGCCAAGGUGAACGGCUCACAGCCGAGCCUCGAAGCCAAGGCCUUCUCCUCGGCCGGCGGUAUCCGGCUGCCCAACGGGAAGCUCAAGUGCGAUAUCUGUGGGAUAGUUUGCAUUGGCCCCAAUGUGUUGAUGGUGCACAAGCGAAGCCACACUGGAGAACGUCCGUUUCAGUGCAGCCAGUGCGGUGCCUCUUUCACCCAGAAGGGCAACCUGCUGCGUCACAUCAAGCUCCAUUCGGGGGAGAAACCCUUCAAGUGUCACCUGUGCAGCUACGCCUGUCGCAGGAGGGACGCCCUCACCGGCCAUUUGCGCACCCACUCGGUUGGAAAACCCCACAAGUGUGCUUACUGUGGGCGGAGUUACAAGCAGCGCAGCUCUCUCGAGGAGCACAAGGAGCGGUGUCACAACUACCUCCAGUGCAUGGGGCUGCAGAACAGCAUCUACACAGUAGUAAAGGAAGAAAGCAACCAGAAUGAGCAGAGGGAAGACUUAAGCCAGAUGGGAUCUGACAGAGCCUUGGUGCUAGACAGACUAGCUAAUAACGUAGCUAAGCGUAAGAGCACUAUGCCACAGAAGUUUGUGGGCGACAAACGUCUGUCAGACCUCUCCUACGACGGAGGAGCAGGUGAGAUGAUUCAGCCCCACGUCAUCGACCAGGCCAUCAACAGCGCCAUCAGCUACCUGGGGGCCGAGUCGCUCCGGCCUCUGGUCCAGACCUCCCCGGCCUCCUCUUCUGACGCGGGUCUCAGCUCCAUGUACCCGCUGCACAAGCCGGCGCCCGAGGGCCACAUGGGGACGGGCCUCAGCCUGACGGCCAAAGACAACGCGGCCGAGAACCUGCUCCUCCUCUCCAACUCCAAGUCCGCCUCCAGCGAGAAGGACGGCUCGCCCAGCCACAGCGGCCAGGACUCCACGGACACCGAGAGCAACAAUGAGGAUCGCCCCGGCGGGGCAGCGUCCGGCCUCAUCUACCUGACCAACCACAUCACCUCGGGGGUGAGGAACGGCAUGCUCCCUCUGGUGAAGGAGGAGCAGCAGAGGCAGUAUGAGGCCAUCCGGGCCAGCAUGGAGAUGGCGUCCGAGGGCUUCAAGGUGGUGACGGCGGACGGGGAGCAGGUGAGGGCGUACCGGUGCGAACACUGCCGCGUUCUCUUCCUGGACCACGUCAUGUACACCAUUCACAUGGGCUGCCAUGGCUUCAGAGACCCCUUCGAGUGCAACCUCUGUGGUCACCGGAGUCAAGACCGAUACGAGUUCUCCUCGCACAUAACGCGGGGGGAGCAUCGCUACUGAGCCCCGUCCACCAGAGAACACACUUCCACACAGACAAACAGGUGUGUGUGUGUGGCCAACACGCCACACAAACACACACACACACACACACUCAGUCAUGCAGACGUGCGGCUGAAAUAAAUGCAUAAGAAAUACAAGAUGUAAAAUACACUGUUGAUGUCUGAAAGUUGUUUUUUAUACAAAGUAUGCAUGUUUGUGGAACACAGAUUCAUGUACAACUAUAAAUCAAGACUUUUAUUUCCCUUUUCAAAUGCCGUGUUCAAAAGGGAGAGUAGUCUUUUUUUUUUUUUUUUUUUUUUUGUUAAAGAAGCAAAAUGAUGUUCAGUGAAGAUAACACAGCUACUGAGCCACAAUCCUACAUAGGUUUAAAUGAUGUAGUUACAGUUUGCCACAUGUAUAAAAUGUGUCUUUUCUUUUGGAAAACCAUGCAGCAACUUUUUUUCUAGAUUUAGUAUAGAAACGACAUCCUCACAUUUACAAAUCUGUUUAUUGAAGUGUCCGAAAUGUUCUGCAGUUGUUUCCAGUGCAGUAAAACCCAUUUUAGAAAAUGAAAUGCAAUCGAUAAAAACAAUCAGUGUAGAUAACCCCACACGUCCCUUUCAAAGUUUCAACCUGUUCUUGUAUUUGUAACAACUUACAUAUUAUUUAUAUCACAUUUACAUGCCUGUCUGUUUUUGUAUUUAUUCGAUGUUUGUUUGUAGAGUAGUUAAUAAAAGCUGCAUCUCUUUCUGUCCAACUGUACUAAAUGUGUUUGAGGUGAAAACAGGACCGCUGCUGGGUUUUAUUUUGAAUUUUAUCAGAAGAAAAUGUUAUCCUGGCCUUUUGUUUUGGCACUUGAUGGCUAAGAAUCGUUUCAUUUACAGAAAGAAAACGAGCCAUUUGAGGUUUGAAGGAGCUUUAUGCUUGCAAAAUAUCAAUAAAGGAUAUUUUAUAUAUGCACAAA